CUUUAGGGAAUAUUUUUUUCAAGUCCAUGUGCCUCUCUAUAGUAGUUCACUUGAUUUGUUUACUUAUUGUUUACUGUUUGAAUCAAAUAAUCGUCUUCACAGUCAUUCAUAUUUAAGUGAAAUGUUAAAUAUAUGUACAAUAUAUUUUUAAGAAAAAUUAUAAUUAAAUCAUUGCAAUUUUGCCGUUGCAAUUGCUUGGCAAUUAAGUAAUUGCGGAUAUUUUGAAUUAACAUAACCACACACAUAAUUAUCAUUUUUACAUUCUUAGUAGAUGAUAUUAAUAUACAGCGAAGAGAAGAUCGAAAUUUAUAUUUAAUAGAUAAAUAUAACCUCUUAAAUUGUGCUUCGUCAAUUUGUUUGUAAAUAAACAAAUUAAAAAGAUGUUUGUACUUGUGGAACUAAAAGAUACUGUGAGAAUACCACCGUGGAAAUUUAAAAGAAAAUUGAAUGAUGCAAUCACUGAAGAAUUAAAUAGAAAAUUAGCUAAUAAGGUAUAUUUAAAUGUGGGUCUUUGUAUUGCGUUACAUGAUAUAACAAAAAUAGAAGAAUCAUAUAUUUUUCCAGGAGAUGGUUCUUCUCAUACAAAAGUAUUCUUUAGGUUUAUAGUGUUCCGUCCAUUUAUGGAAGAAAUUUUAAUAGGAAAAAUACGUAGUUGUAGUGCCGAUGGUGUAUAUGUAACGUUAGGAUUUUUCGAGGACAUUCUCAUUCCGCCUCACAAAUUACAGCAUGCAUCUCGAUUCGAUCAAGUAGAACAAGUAUGGAUUUGGGAAUAUGAUACUGGAGAUGGAGGAAAACAUGAUCUUUUUAUGGAUCCAGGUGAAAGCAUUAGAUUCCGUAUAUUCGAAGAAGAUUUUAAGGAAACAUUACCAACGGGUCCUAGAAAUUCUAAUCAAAAUGUUGAAAAAACUGAGGCUAGCAAUGUAUCACCUUAUAGUCUGAAUGGUGCAAUAGACGAACCUGGUCUCGGUUUACUUAGUUGGUGGGAAAAUGCAUAGAAAACUAAACUAAACAAAGUGUGUGAUUAAUUUAAGGUACUUAUUAAAUGCAACAUUUAAAAGUAAUGAAUCUUCAUCAAUAAAUUUAUAUUUCACAGCACAUCUCAAUGUAUCAUAGAAUGUUACAUCUGUGACCUGCAUCACAAAGUGACAUAUUUUCCAAUACAAUUUAUUUUUAUGUGCAGGUAUGUUUACGCUUAGUUUUGAUUGAUAACAGAAUUAGUAAGAAUAAUUUGUACAAUAUAUACAAAGAUGUUGUGUACUAAAUACGUGAUAAACACACGCAGAAAUAAUUACAAUUUAUAGAAAACAGA